GAGGGAGAGAGACAAAGGUUCCCAGUCAGAUAAACCUCCUCAUAUAUCCAGGACGCUGCAUGCGCUUCGCUCCAGACGCAUCUUCUAGUCGGAGCUCCUGAGAGAAACCAGCUGCGUCCUGCACCGUCCGCCGGUCCGGGACUCCAAGAAACCGCGUUUAGAACCACUGAACAGGGGAACAAUGAAGAUGCUGCUUCCUCUGGUAAUCCUUCAGCUGCUCCUGGCUCCUGCAUUAACGGUGCCUGGUGGAGAUUACUGGGAGUCAUGGGGUCCUUAUGGUGAAUGCAGUCGCAGCUGUGGCAGCGGAGUGACCAUGAGAACCAGACGCUGCAUCACUCAGAGGACGGAUGGAGGACACAACUGUGUUGGACCAGACAAGUCCUACCGCUCCUGCAACAUUCAGGACUGUCCAGAGGGGUCAAAGGAUUUCCGUGAAGAGCAGUGCUCCCAGUUUGACGGAACCGACUUCCAGGGGCAACGCUACAAGUGGCUGCCCUAUUAUGGAGCUGAGAACCCCUGUGAGCUAAACUGCAUGCCAAGAGGAGAAAACUUUUACUACCGCCACCGCAGCGCCGUGGUCGACGGGACGCCCUGUCACCCAGGAAGGAGGGAUAUUUGUGUGGACGGAGUCUGCAAGCGCCUCGGCUGCGACAACAUGCUGGACUCUCCUCAGCAGGAGGACCCCUGCCUGCAGUGUGGGGGCAAUGGACAGUCCUGCUACCAGGUCAAGAACAGCUUCAACGUACGAGACCUGACCACUGGCUACAACCAGAUGUUCAUCAUCCCUGUCGGAGCCACAACCAUCAGCAUCAGGGAGACUGUGGCCACUCGGAACUACCUGGCCAUCAAGAACCUGCGUGGGGAGUACUACCUGAACGGACACUGGGUGAUUGAGUUUUCCAGGUCGACGCCCAUCGCUGGCACCGUUCUUUACUACCAGAGAGGAGCUGAGGGUGAUAACGUACCUGAAACCAUCAUCGGCCGCGGACCGACCACCGAACCACUGGUUGUUGAGCUCAUCAGCCAGGAGCCCAACCAGGGAGUGGAGUAUGAAUACUACCUUCCUAACGGACGCUCCAGAAAUGGAUACUACUGGAGCUUUGGGUCUUGGUCUGCUUGCAGCAGAGAGUGUGGAUCAGGCUACCAGUCUCGGUUGGUCUUCUGCACCAUUGACAACGAGGCCUAUCCUGAUUAUCUCUGUGCAUCUCUGCCAAGACCACAGACCAACCGUACAUGCAACCCUCAUCCUUGCCCACAAGUCCGCAGCUGGAAAACCGGCGAGUGGAAUGCCUGCUCCGUCACCUGUGGUGGAGGCUCUCAGGUGCGCAGCGUGCAGUGUAUUUCCCAUGAUGCAUCUGGUCCCCGCGUGGUGGAAGACGCCGUUUGUGCCGCUUACGCCGAGGCUCCUCCCACUCUGCAGACCUGCAACAUGCACAAAUGUGCCGAGUACCAAGUGACUGCAUGGAGCGCCUGCUCGGUCACCUGUGGUCCAGGUGAGCAGACCAGAGAGGUGACCUGUGUGGGUUCAGGUGGGAUGAGGUUGGAGGAAACUUCCUGCAGCACUCUGCUCCGUCCGUCCUCCGUCCAGCCCUGUCAGAUGGCCGCCUGCUCCAGACAGAUCAGCUGGCAUGUGGGACAGUGGGGUCUGUGUUCUCGUAGCUGUGGUUCCGGCUCUCGGGAGCGUCAGGUGAUCUGCUCGGACCAGGAGAGGAACCUUUAUCCCGUGGAUCAGUGCAACGGCCAACCAAAACCCACCACAGUGGAGCGCUGCAACUCCCAGCCCUGCUACAGCCCACAGGUCGUUCCCAGCGUUCAGGACCCUCGAGGACACGACAACAGUCAGACUGGCUUCCAGCCAUAUGUGCCGGAUCACGCAACAGUCCGUAGACCCGACACGAGGGAUCCGACCCAGACCAACAGUGUCCAGGACCCCCACAGCUCGGCUCCGGCUCUCCACUGCAGUCAGUCUUAUUACGGCUGCUGCCCAGAUGGACGGACCUCCGCCGGGGGCCCUCAGGGUCUGGGCUGCCCUCACGCUCCGGCUCCGACUCCGGCUCCGACUCCAGCUCUUCCUCCAGCUCAGCCGUCCUGCAUCCAGACCAGUUAUGGCUGCUGCCAAGACGGUGUGACGGCGGCUCAGGGCCUCAACAGGGAGGGAUGUGUGGAGUACGUGGCCCCGGCACCCACUGCUGCUCCUUCUCUGCCCACUGAAAACGCUGUUCAGUGCAGAACCACCACUUAUGGCUGCUGCUACGACCGAACUACACCUGCAGAGGGACCCAGCGGAGAAGGCUGCCCCGACCCCCCCACCCACAUUGAGCGAUCCAUCUGCUCCCUGCCUCGUGCCGCCGGCUCCUGCAGCAGCUGGGUGUCCCGUUACCACUUCGACGUCAUCACCUCCAAGUGUGUGCAGUUCUGGUAUGGCAGUUGCCACGGCAACAGCAACAACUUCAUGACCCGGGCGGAGUGCCAGAGGGCGUGUCCGCUACCUUCACCCAGCCAGCAGGGACCACGACCGGGAACUCCCGCUAGAGAAUCCACCCCUGGAAGACCCACAUCUGGAGGACGUGGCACCGCCGGAGCAGGAACUUCAUCCGGAGGUCGCACCACGUCCGGAGCAGGUGCAACGUCUGGAGGUCGCACCCCAUCUGGAGCAGGCACCCCAUCCACCGGAGGAUCCACCGCCGGAGGGUCGACACGCAACAUGGGGAGGGUCUUCACCGUCCAGGGCGGCUCCACCAGCGGCACCAGCAGACAGGCCACCAGCGCCGCCACACAUGCCCACAGAGCCAGAGUCUUCAUGAGGACCCGCCGGCCUUCACCCGCCACAGCUGCACAGCACACCGGUCCAGCUGCGAGGUAAGACCCCGAAGACCCAGGGAGCCUUCUCCAACCCCAAACCCCACCAUCACCACCACCACCACCAGCAGCAGCAGCAGCAACCCUGGCUUCAUAUUCCUGCUGAAGGAGCCCCACACCACUAUGUCCACUGGGGGCCAAAAGAGUGAGCUGAAGGAGAUUGAAGCACAAUCUAAAGACUAAUCUAAAGCACAUGUCUUUUUAACUAUCUUCAUUAAAAUUACUAGUGUAAUAUCUGUACAUGUAAAACACAAGAGUGAAGUCUUCAUCGUGCCUUUUCUUCCAAGCCUUUGAGACGAGUUAGCUGAAAAAUAACUCAAAAACCUUGAUCUUGCUGAACCCAAAUGCUUUAAUGUUGAAUCUGACUGUGGUUUAGACUGGAUGGACGUAGCCUCUGGGUCUCAAAAAUGAAGCAAAAAUGCAUUCUUUCUAAGAGCCAGCAGGGGGCGACUUGUCUGGUUGCAGAUUGGAUUGAAGUCUAUGAGAAAAUGACCCAACUUCUCACUUGAUUUGUUACCUCAGUCAACAUUUUUCUCAUGAGUUUAUGGUCUCAAUUGCUAAUAUCAAGUCUCCCUCAAUACAGCGUGAUGUUCAUUUAGUAAAUUUUGGUCUAAUUUCAGGGAAAAUGGAUAAUAAAGUCGAGCAAAUUCCAAACUCUAGGCUUCCUAAUGCUAAUCUACAAACCAUUAUGUGACGUCUUGGAGGCUACGUCUAUUUUUUAUAUACAGUCUGUGCUCAGAAAUAGGUGCUAAGAUUCCCGUUUUUUGAUCAGCAGCAUACUUCAUGCUUUAUUUCGCGCAGCCUGCUCUUAAUAUAGACUCAAUGUCGCCACGCUAAUGUAGCCUUGCUUUCUAAAACACCACCGCAGACUCUCACUUCACGCCUGCUUUACGUAGCAACACCUUCCUUCUUCCUUUCGACCUCGACGAAAUGUCAGGAGAAAAGUCGACAACCUCACAGCGACACCUCAAUGGACACUUCUGCUGUUACAUGUUUCUGGGACUGUUCACUGUCUGUCUGGAGUUAAUGUCGGUGCUUAUUAGUGCGUGCUACCUCACUUUGUCAGUCGCCACCACCUUCUGUUUUGUGUGUUUGUGUUUUCACCUUAAAUCAAACUAAUAAAGGUUCUGCUGUGAUGCUUCA